AUGGCGGCCAGCCUGAACCUCCAGCCUCAGACCGUCAACGGUCGCCUGACCCUUGACCUGAGUAACCAGGGUAUGACGUCCAUCCCGGAGGAGGUGUUUGAUAUCACUGACCUGGAGUAUCUAGAUGUGUCCAACAACAAACUAACCAGCAUCCCGGAAGCACUCGGCCGUCUGCAGAAACUUUUCGUUUUGGUUGCUGGCGGCAACAAGCUAACGUCCAUCCCGGAGGAGGUGUUUGAUAUCACUGGCCUGGGGGUUCUAGAUGUGUCCAAAAACAAAGUAACCAGCAUCCCCGAAGCAAUCGGCCGUCUGCAGAAACUUUUACUUUUGGACGCUGACGACAACACACUGACAAGUUUGCCACAGGCGAUCGGUUCCUUGCAGAAAUUGAGAGAACUGUACAUUUAUGGUAAUCAGCUGACGGAGGUCCCCUCAGGCGUCUGCUCGCUCCCUAACCUUGAGAAGUUAAGUGUCAGUAAAAAUAAACUCUCCACCUUCCCUCCUGGUGUGGAAAAGCUGCAGAAACUGAGAGAACUGUGCAUUUAUGAUAAUCAGCUGACAGAGGUACCCUCAGGCGUCUGCUCGCUCCCUAACCUUGAGGUGUUAAAUGUCCGUAACAACAAACUCUCUACCUUCCCUCCUGGUGUGGAAAAGCUGCAGAAACUGAGAGAACUGUACAUUAAGGAUAAUCAGCUGAUGGAGGUACCCCCAGGCGUAUGUUCGCUCUCUAACCUUGAGGUGUUAGAUCUCGAUAACAAUAAACUCUCCAUCUUCCCUCCUGGUGUGGAAGAGCUGCAGAAACUGAGAGAACUGUACAUUUAUGGUAAUCAGCUGACGGAGGUACCCUCAGGGCUCUGCUCGCUCCCUAACCUUGAGGUGUUAAGUGUCGGCAAUAACCCCAUCAGACGUCUACCCGAUGACGUCACACGACUCACCAGGCUGAAGACUCUCAGUGUCAUCAGCUGUCAGUUUGAUGAGUUCCCCAGACAGGUGCUGCAGCUGAAGACACUGGAGAAACUAUACGCUGGUGGCUGCAAGUUUGACAUUGUCCCAAAUGAAGUGGGAAGCCUACAACACCUGUCGUUCUUGGCAUUGGAAGUCAACCUCCUCAGAACCCUGCCGAGCACCUUGAGUCAUCUGCACAACCUACGUGUGGCCCAACUCUGGAACAACAAGUUCGACACGUUCCCAGAAGUCCUUUGUGAACUACCUGCCUUGGAGAAACUGGGCAUUAGUAACAACAACAUCACCAAGCUCCCAACCGCCCUUCACCGAGCAGACAAGCUGAAGGACUUGGAUGUUUCUGGAAACCCCCUGACAUACCCUCGACAGGAUGUGUGUGAACAAGGGACCGGCGCCAUCAUGGCCUUCCUGAAACAGGAGGCUGAGAAAGAUGAGAUCAUUCUCCGAGCCUUCAACCGCCUGUCCGUGAGGAUGAGCCAAACCCAGUGGAAACCUCUCGCCAGGAGCCUGGGACUCAGCAACAGGGCCAUGGACGCCAUUAAGGCUUCCGCCCCAGACGACGUUCCUGACCAGGUGUACCAGACCCUGGUACAGUGGAGAGAGAAGGAAGGUGAGGCGGCCACACUUUCCGCCCUGGAGCAGCACCUCAGAGACCUGGACUUUCAGCAGCUGGCGAAGCAGCUUUCACCGACACACAGGACCCCAGACCGUAGAGGCCAAGAAACUGGAGCCGUCGGUUCAGUUGUUGGCCAAGAGAAAGAUGGGCUGCAGAACAGCGCGAGGAGAUACCCCAGCGUGACGGUUGACCAGAAGUUUCCCAUCAUAAACUUUGACCGACUUGAGGAACAGUCCAUUCUCGGCCGUGGGGGGUUCGCCUACGUGAAAAAAGCCCGACAUCUGCACUGGAAGCAGGACGUGGCCGUCAAAUGUCUGCUGACUCGCCAGAUAGAAGGAAGUGAGCAAGAAGUGCUGUAUUCUGAAGCAAGGAAACUGAAGCUGGCCAGCAAUUCGGACCACGUCAUCAGUCUGCUGGGGGUCUGUCUGGACCCAAACUUCGCCAUCGUGAUGCCCUACAUGGAGAACGGCUCUCUGGCCGGGCUGCUGCGGGAUGUGGACGUGCCCUGGGCCCUGAGGUGGAGAAUGGCGUACGAGAUCUCCCUGGGGAUGACUUUCCUGCACUGCCAGAACCCACAGAUUCUCCACUGUGAUCUGAAGGCAGAGAACGUGCUACUGGAUGGGGACUUCCAUGUGAAGAUUUCAGACUUUGGCCUGUCUAAGUGGAAGGCCGAGUCUCGUGUUGUCACCGGAACAAGUCCAACAGGUAGCACAAUCACGCAUGCGCCGCCGGAAUUCUUUGCUGACAUCAACCUCGUUCCCAACACUAAGUUUGAUGUCUACAGCUUUGGUGUGCUGCUGUGGGAGAUUGUCACUAGAAGGCAGCCGUAUGCACAUGCUGCCAAUUCGACCUUGAUCACCGUAUUGGUCAACAUGGGUCAACGACCUGACCUGACCCUGAUCCCCACAGACCGGGAGGACGUGACGUCAGUGAGCGAACUGAUGCAGACAUGUUGGAGCCAGAACCCGGAAAACAGACCAUCAUUCCAAGACUGUGCUGACAAGCUCCAUCAUCUGAUCAACAGAUUUAGUCAGCAGGAGAUUCUACAGGCCAUCAGCACUGUGGUAAAGAUGAAGGCUGCAGCUAGCAGGAAGUAACAGAACAGACAACUGGCGAAUACGAGAUGUAUUGCGGUGACUUCUCUGCUACUGUCAUUAAAUAUAUUACACGUGUAUAGCCACAGGGAUUAGUCUGAUUGUUCGCUAGUACAUUGUACAUAUCAACAAAUUUCUUUGACUGUAAGGUCUUGAAAUAAUAAGACAUAUGUUAACAGAUUAUCACAAUCAUAUGCAAACGCUAAAAUAACUACUUGGAAACGUGAUAAUUCAGCUUACUUACUUUUAGACCUGUACAAAUGAUUGGCUCGCGUCUUUGGACCUUUUAUUCUCUUGAUGAGUUUUAAGCUGAUAUACUGUCUUCAAUCAGUUUGCGAUAUAUCAUUUUACAUAUAUAAAUAAUUAUGUUCUUACUUUAGAUGAUAAUAAUGAUAACAUUACGUGAUAAGCUUCACUUAUAUGAUGUGCUGGCAUCAAUCAGUUUGAGACAUAACAUUUUAUAUCCUACUUUAGAUAGUGACUUGGUAAGUCAGAUAUUGCAGUUCUGUUGACAUCACCAAAGUUUUCCACCUGCCAAGCUUUCGGACAACAAUUCGGUGUGCCAAAAGAAGAUUACCUUCUAAUACCCCCCCUACUUCAAUGUAGUUAUUACAAUUAUUAGUUUUACGUAUAAUCAGAAAUGCAAGAAUAUCAUAUCAAGUUGGUUAGAAACGGUUUCUUUGUGAAAAUAACAUACUGCAUAUUUACUCAUUUAGAUGAUGAUGAUGAUGAUAUUUACUCAUGUAUCGAUGAAUGUUUUGUUAGUAUUAUGAUUAAUGAAAUACACAAAGGUGUGGUGUUGAAUUAAAGUAAUGCAUGUGGUAAGCAUUCUGUAGUUAUUUCACUUACAUUUGAAUAAUUAAUCAGAUCAUCACUCCUUAACGGCAAAAUGUAAAACUGAGCUGUAGUACCCUGGUACAUUUCCAUAUUACUCAUGUUGUAUUUAUCGAUGCUUUACCAUAGUCCAUGAGUCGCUGGAAAAUAGUAGAAAGGGGCGAAAUAGAUGAAAUAAUAUGCGGCGGAGUCAGAUAACCACUACAUUAUAAUGUACGUCCCAAGAAUGGUGUUAUAUUAGUAUUGCUUUUGUUUAGUAUUCUGCACUUGUUAUAUUUACAUAUGAAUAAUUUUUAAAAGAGAUUAAACCCAUAUAUUCAUAUAUGUAUAUACUUUAUGGAGGAUAAAGAAGAGUUGGAAUCGACAUGACUAAUCAAAAUACACAAAGCUGUUGUAAUAUAAACAGUUUUAGCCGAUUUUUGUAUUACCAAUGGUAAACACUGUAGUGCUUUGAUAGCGUUCAAAUGAUGUUCAUAAAAUAGUGUCAUGGCACUUACAACGAUGAGCUAUCGGCAGUGUUAAUGUUUUCAUUGUUUAUUGUGCUUAUAGCUAUUUUCAGUGUUAAUCUUUUGGUGCGGUGAAAUAAAUUCCAUGGGUGACUGUGUUUCAUGGACAAGUAUGUAGCCCUUAA